AUGCCGCGCUGGCCUCCGCUCUUCCCGCUGCUGCUCCUGCUGCAGCCGCUGGUCCCCGGCCUCGGGCUCCGGGGCGCGGGCGGACGGCACCCCGAGUGCGCUCCGUGCCGGCCCGAGCGCUGCCCCGCGCCCGUGCGCUGCCCAGCGCCCUGGAUCUCCGCGCGCGACGAGUGCGGCUGCUGCGCGCGCUGCCUGGGCGCCGAGGGCGCGAGCUGCGGGGGUCCGGCUGGCCAGCGCUGCGGCCCGGGCCUGGUGUGCGCCAGCCGGGCCGCGGGGGCGGCGCCCGAGGGCACCGGGCAGUGCGUUUGCGCGCAGCGCGGCAUCGUCUGCGGCUCCGACGGCCGCUCCUAUCCCAGCGUGUGCGCGCUCCGUCUGCGCGCCCGGCACGCGCCCCGCGCGCACCCCGGACACCUGCAUAAGGUGCACGAGGGGUCCUGCGAGUUCGCUCCCGUGAUCGUCAGGCCCCCCUGGGAUAUUCGCAAUGUCACUGGGGCACAAGUGUAUCUGUCGUGUGAAGUGAGAGCUAUGCCCACCCCAGUCAUCACAUGGAAAAAGGUCACACGCUCUCCUGAGGGCAUCCAGGGAUUGGAGGAGUUGCCUGGAGACCAUGUCAAUAUAGCUGUCCAGGUGCGAGGAGGUCCUGCCGACCAUGAGGCCACAGCCUGGAUUUUGAUCAACCCCUUGAGAAAGGAAGACGAGGGAGUCUAUCAGUGCCACGCAGCCAAUGCCGUCGGAGAGGCCCAGGCACGUAGCACGGUGACAGUCCUAGACCUGAGCAGAUACAAAAGUGUUCGUCCCCCGCUGCAGCUUAGCCGCCUGUGAUGAGCAUGGGUCUUAGAGACAUUGGUACCAGGAUGAUGGAGAAGUCAAGGCAUGGAUCAUUCUGCUUCGUGGAGACUUGGAAAAAACUGUGUUUGUAGCUGACUCCCUUUUGUAUGGUUUUUUUAAAAAAUGGAAUGCAAACUAGAUUCAUAUGCAGAUGUAGUUUUUAGCAGGGCAAACCUUGGGAAACAAACAUGCAUGUAUCUUUUUUAUAUCUUUGGAAUGAAUAGCUCUCUGAUGAUUCUUUUUUUUUUUUUUUUUUUAACUAUUCCCUUCCAGGGAAGGUCCAGUAAUGUAUGUUUGUAAUUCUAAAGGGCUCAACAUAAGACCUGUGCCAACUGUGACUCUUUUACCUCAUGUGUCUGUAACUGAUCAGCACGUGCUCUGUGACUUAGCGUGUGUUAUAGAAGGAGGGGGUGGGGGCGGCUCUCCUUUCCUGGAUGACUGGGACAGGAACCUUCCCCAUCUGUGAUUAUGACAUUGAGACUGGGCAUUGCCAGUGUCUGGUAUAGCCCUGCUGUCCUGGAGUUGGAUUGUUCUGUGGAAGUGUGGUCCUAGCAUUUACUUUUAAGUGCUGUUCCCUCAAAACCCAAGUUACCACUUCAUACCAGGGUGUAGAGAUCUAGGGUAGCCAUUACGCUCCCACCUUUUGCCAUUUUAGCCCUGGAUGGGUUACUUUACCAGACGCAGAGGCCCUGUGGCUGGGCAUUUAGAGAUCAUGAUGUCCACUUGCUAGCCCAGCAUUCUGUCAGCACAUGGGCAGUGGACACCUGGCUUAUGGAUGUCAUACUGGGUAAAGGGGACAAGGCCAGGUUCCAUCUGUAGAUAACAGAUGUAGGUAAAGCUGUCUGCUUGCCAGCCCGGCAUUCUCUCAGCAUGUGGCCAGUGGUGACCUGGCUUCUGGAUGUUACAAUGGAGAAAGGAGACAAGGUGAGGCUUCAUCUGUAGAUAACAGAAUCACGGUAUAGUAGAGUGCAUAGAGCAUUUUCCCCACAUCCCUCUUAAUGGGAAAAAGGAAGGAGAAUAUUUACUGUCUGGCCUGAAAACUAGAUCUCUUGGUCAUUUCAAUUUCUUACCAUCAGAACGAGGAUCCCUCACUGUGGCCUGCCCUUAAAGUGCAUGAAGCACUUUCCUAUCCUUGAGCCUAACCCAAGGGCUGGAGGGAGGGCAAGGUGAAGGCAGAGCAGGAAUCUGUCCUUCCUGUUCGGCUCAGGGUGGAGGCUCCAUGUGAGAUAUAGAUGCUUCUGAGCACGGUAGGAUUAGUGUAACCUCCCUGGCUCACUUUUCCCACAGAGCUGCUUCUCGGGGUGACCUUGAAAACCAGGGACAGGAAGAUGCUGCCAGUCCCACAGUCUUCAGGUUCUUUUUAUUUUCAAUUUUAUAUAUUUUUAAUUUUUUGUUUUAUUUUUAUUUAUUUAUUUAUUUAAGAGAGACAAACAAAGAAGGAGAGAGAGACAGAAUGGGUGCACCAGGGCCACCAGC